ACCAUAACAUUGGCUAUUGACAUUUGUGCCUCGGAUGCCCCUUGAUUGUCUUGCUUUGUAGAUUCAAGUUAAACAAAAGAACAAGAAAAGGGGAACUUGAAAUGAGAAUUUACCAAAUAUAAAAGUAGAAUAAUAGAACGAUCCAUAUAAAAAGUGAACUUCUUUUUCAUUGAUGAUAUUUUCUAUAACAAACCAACAAAAAAUAACACUGAUUUUCAUCGUAAUGCGUAAGAGCCUUGAGGAUAAAAAACAACAGGAAAAUAUGUGUGUGUUGUAGGUUUGAGGGAGCCAUGAAAACCAUGGCUUUGGAUGAUGUGUUGGGCAGAUCUGCUUCGUACAAGGCAUUCAUGAUGAUAUACUUGUGCUCACAUAAAUGAUAGUAUAUCUAGCAGAGUUCAUUGAGGAUUGACAGAAAUAAAAUAUCUAGCAUCUGAAUCACAGAGAAGCCAUUUGGAGCUGUAGUUUACAAAAGGAUUUCUAUUGUUGCUGUGAUUCCACAAGAGUCUGUCAGACACUUCCUUUGAAACCAGAUUUCUAGGUUUUGAUUGACCUGAAUUUGAACAAAAUCUGCUCACAUGGGAAGCUGUUUGCACAUGAUAGGAGUCCAAGAUUUCCAGUUCUUCAGCUACAUGUCAAAGCAGUUAUUGGGAAUUUUGUAUGAGUGACAGCAAUUACUAUCAUGGAUGGCUCAGGCUUAGACUUGAAAACGUAUGACAGCAAAAUUGAAUUUGUUGCUGUGAAGGAAGAAAAUACGGAAGAUAUUGAUGAGGAGGAUUUCCAGGAAGUAAAAGAAGAAAUUAUUGAGGAUGUAGAGGAAGAAAAUGCUGUAUAUAUAAAGACAGAAGACAAAAUCAAUGCAGAUUAUGAAUGUCCAGUGUCUGAAGAUGGCAAAACCAUUGGCAAGGAAGCAGAUAAGAAUGACUCAGAUGUGUUGAUGUGUGAAGAAAUAGAUCCACUAUCAUCAGUGGCAGUUGUGAAUGAAGAUUGUGAGAACAUGUGCUCAUCAGAUAGUGAUCAGUUGACAUGCAGAGAAGGCAAUGAGGAGGUGGCAUGUAGAAAAGAGGAAGCAAAAAAGAAGCGUUUCCCAUGUGAAGUAUGCGGCAAGAAAUUUGAUUUUAAGAGUAUGCUUAUACGUCACAUGACAGUACAUACGAGAGAAAAGUCUUUUAUAUGUGAGGUAUGCAGUAAGUCAUUUGCAUGGAAAUUUGAUCUAGUGAAACACAUGAGAGUACAUACAAAUGUGAAUCCUUUCAGUUGUGAGGUAUGUAGUGAGUCAUUUGCAUGGAAACGUGAUCUGGUGAGUCAUAUGGGGAUACAUACAAAAGAGAAGCCAUUUACCUGUGAAGUGUGUAAUAAGUCAUUUGCAUGGAAACGGGAUCUGGUGAAACACACAAGAAAACACACAAAAGAGAAGCGUUUUCGAUGUGAGGUAUGUACUAAGGCCUUCUUUGAUGAAGGGAAUCUAGUGAAGCAUAUGAGAGUACAUACAAAAGAGAAGCCAUAUGUUUGUGAAGUCUGUAGCAAGGCAUUUUCUGAGAAAAGUAAUCUAGUACGGCACAUGAGGGUACAUACGAAAGAGAAGCCUCAUACAUGUGAAGUGUGUAAAAAAGCAUUCUCUGAGAAAAGUACACUUAUGUUGCAUAUAAGGAUACAUACAGGAGAGAAGCCAUUCAACUGUGAGAUAUGCAGUAGGGCAUUUGCUGUGAAAGCUAAUUUAUUAAAGCAUAUUAGAGUGCACAGUAAACGGAAGCAAAAGAAAGGAGAGAAAUUACUUUAGCUUUAAGCAAUCCAUUUGACUAUCAUCAGUUUAAAUACAGGGCCAUUGAAAUCUGACACUCUCAAGCCAUGUAAAGAGGUAGGGUGGGAAGAUCAAUUUAGUGUUGACUAUCAUUUGUGAUUCUGAAGAGUGUUGUAUAGCCAGUUUCAGGAAGGAGGGAAUUAGCAGCUCAACCUGGCCUGUGGAGUACUCCAAUACCCUUUUUUAUUCUAAUUAGCUGACACAUUGUUUUUGUUUUCCUUUUUUUCUCUCUCUCCCUCAAGAGAAACAGUGAACCAAAUACUCAAGAGUCAGGCAAAUUCCCAGUUUUUCCCUU